CCCGCACCCUGUCUGCGCUGCCUGCUCCCCCGUCCUAUUGUCGCCCAUCUUUGCUGCUCCCCUUCCGCAGGGUGUUCCCUGCCCCCUCCCCUGCCCGUCUCACCUCCCGCCCAGAAGUGACCACUUCUCACCAGCCACUUGGCCUGUGGUGGCUGACCUCGCUGCGAGCUGGGUCGCAGGGCAGCCUGCACUCCAGCUGCUAGUAGCAUGCGCCAGUGGCGUGCCUCCUCCGCGAUCCUCCGACCUGGGCGGCGAUCAUUUUCGAAGGAGUCCCGCCCGCUGGCUGGCCGGGCGCUCUGUCGUCCGGAUGACUCGACACCCUGUGCCGGGGCCCCUGCCUCCGGGGACGCCCCCACCGAGGACAAGGCCGAUGAUGGUGACGAUCCCCACAAAGCGACUCCCCCCUCGGAAUGUGACUCGAAUCUGAACUCCCUCCUCACUCAGAAGGGCUUCCUCUCGAACAAUCAGCUUGACAGCCUGGCCUCGGCCCUUGCGACGGCCGUCUUGCGGGAUCCCUCCAUCCUGGGCCCGGCGGCGCUACCGCCCCCCCGUAUCCUUGCUCCGAGUGUCCCGGGCCGGUCCAUGGUGGAUGCCACUUUCCUGGACUCUCGGAGUCUCUGGCGAGAGACCGGCCGGCAGGAAGUCCCCCUCCCCUGGCAUGAUGGGGAUGAUCCGGCUCAGGAGGAGUACCUGGCGCGGCAAUUCGAGCGCGCGAGCAGUUCCGAGGAUUUGGACGACCCGGAUUCGGACUUGCAUCCUGACAGCGACAUGCCCGAGCUGGAGGCCUAUCCGGGCCGAAUGACCGGGCCGGUCAGCUUGAGUGGCUUCCGGCGGCAACUACGCACCCGAGAGGUGAUGGCCGUCGAGCAGCGGACUCCAAUGAGCCAUGCUCUGACGCUGCCACUUCACAGUCCGGCCCGGCCGCCCGGCGCGGCCCCGCCUCCCCCGUUGAACAUCCUGUUCGAGCGCUUCCACCGCAUGCUCCUGAAUGUGGAGCACACCCAUCCCCAUGCGAUGGACAACUCGUCGAAGGCCAUGGAGCUCCAGCAGCUGGCCGCCCGGCGGGAGCUGAAAAACAACCAAAUCUUCCGGCGGACCCCCUCGGUCUUCAGGUCCUCCGAGCGCUUUGUUUGGUGGUGGGACGCCCCCCGGCCGCCGGGGCAGAAGUUUCACCAGAAGAUGCUGAUCCCGGCCGACAGGCUGAUCAUCCGCAUGGCCGAGUCCCUGUGCCUGUCUUUUGGGCCGGAGUUCAUGGACGCGGCGUUGGAGACACUGGGGCAGCUGGAGCCAGUGAUUCGUCAAAUAAGUGGCGGCAACUCGGUCAACAUCCUGCUUGGCCAUCUGGAUGCCGUGACUGUCGACUCCUUCAUCGACCCUCACAUUCCGAAGGACUAUUCAAAUGCCCGAGCCAUUUAUGCCACCGUCCCGGCGACGCAUCCCUUGAAUGAGACGAUCUACAGGAUUGCCCGGCUGAUCGCAUAUGAGCUCUACCGAAGCGGGCUCCUACCAUCCCCCGAUCCCGGAGAGCUACGGAUGACCCUGGCCCGGGUUCCGCGCCGGCAAUCCUCCUCGGGCGACUACAAGUCCUUCUCUUUCGAUGCCCGGCCGAUUAUGCGGGCUUUCGGGCCGGGGACCGCUUUCGAGCUGGGAUUCUUCACCAUCGCCUCGCUCGAGCUGACGCGCUUGCAUGGGACCCCGAUGAACCCCGGGUCACUGAACUCCGAGCUUUCCAUCCCCUUCGCCAAGAAGCAGCCGCCGAGCAUUUCACAAGCACGGCUCCCGCAACUUCCGCCAGACCUGCUCCCGCCGAAGGACGCCCCGGCCAAUGUUGCCCCACCGCCGGCGACCCUGGCCGCCUCUCGCGAGCAGGAUCUCCUCUUUUCCCUGGCCACGUCCACCCUCCUGGCGCCCUCGGUGCCUGGGAUGGUGGCUGGCCAUGAGCGCCUCAUCACUUCCCGAUGGGCGCUUCCCGACCUUGUGCCCAAUGCCCCGAGGGGGCUGCCCGCCGACCGGCGUGGGCUUGAUGGUGCCGGCGGCGGCCCGGGCGCGCCUGGGGUUGCCCCCCCGCCGCUGGGGGGGUCGCCGUCAAGAUCGCCCUCUGCCGCGCCGGCAGACGGCUCCUUCUCCUUUUACUCCUCCCCUCCCGCCGCCGCCUCCUCCUCCUCCUUCCCCUCCGGCCGUUACUUUGACGCUCCACUGCAACGUGCCCUUCCUCAGAAUGCCCUUCAGUCCUUGACGCAGCGCCUGCCAAAGUCCCCGGCGUCUGCCCCGUCCGCCAUCUCGCCCUUUGCCUCGUUCAUGCCCAGCCGACCGGGCCCGAAGGAUGCCCCUCCGGAGGUUGCCCAGCCUCGGGUGCUGGAUCGGGCCGUGCCAACCGGCCGUUCGCCCCUGCUGGAUGUGAUGCCCAAUUUGGACCUGCUCUUGAACAGCAUCAGGGAGGUGGCGCAGCAGCGCCCGCUGAUGCGGGAAAAGCACCAGAACCCGACGCACCAGCAUCUCACCUCGCUGUCCUCGCUCUCGGAUGAAGGCCCGGAGGCGGCCGAGGAGCAGGAUGUCGUGAAUAUGACCAUGGCCAGCGGCUUGGCCCUGGCGCCAGAGCCCCCCGUGCCAUCUGGACAGCCCGACCCGCCGGUCGUGGCCCCGGCCCCGGGCGCCCCGACGGCUGACCGGUCCAUCGACCGGUCGGUCUUGGACGCCGGGCUGCGGAAUAUCGGCCUCCUGCCAUCAGGCACCAGGACGGGGCCGCUCUCGGCCGAAACCCGCACCCGGCCCAAGCGGCGCGGCAAAUCCAAAAAGCGCGAGGCCGCCGCCGCCGCCGCCGCCAGCAGCGGCAGCGGCAGCGGCAGCGGCAGCGGCAGUGACCCGACUUCGGACCCCAAGUCGGGCGAAGGUGGCCCUUAG